AUGGACACCGAUUGGAGAAGAAUUGAUAUUGAUGCGUUGGAAGAAGGAAACCGGUUGACCGCUGCCGAUCUUGUUCCUCCAGCAGAACCAGUGAGCUACGAAGACGUGGCGGUGAUCAAUCAACAAGUCAAGUCGUUGUUGGCGAAAGGAGAAAACUACGAUGCUUUGGCGUACUCUUUGAGUAGCCCACCAUACGGGGGUGAUGAUCAAGUAAAAGCUUUACACCUUUCUACAGUAUUCGACAUUUUGAAAACCACCAAAACUUCCCUGGUUGCCAAAUUGGUCGGGGAGCUUUCCACCGAUGAGCAGGACGUGUUGGUGAAAUAUCUUUAUAAAUUGAUGUCGUUACCUCAAGGACAACAAAGUAGUGGGGUAUUGUUGGCGUGGCUCGAUAAAGUGGUGGAAGUGGCAGGAAAUGGUCCAAUUAUACGUUACUUGAAUGAUAGAAGAACCGUUUGA